AUGUCAUCAAAUAAUGGUAACAGCACUCUUUUAAUAGGACCUGUCUUUGAGACAUUAAACAACACGAUGAAUGUAAUUGGAAAAAGUGCAUUAAGUAGUGCAUCAAAUACAUCUUCUUUUCUAGAAACAUUAGGAGAAAGCAUAGUUGAACAAAUGCUUAAGGAUAUAAGGGAGAAGGAAGUAGAAAUACCAAAUAAUAUAAAACAAGAGAUUAAAUUACUAUUAGAUAGAAUUAUUUCUCGUGAUGUCAAUGUUUCUAAAAAGAAACUUAAACAAAGGAAAGAGAUAGAGUUGAUGGAAGACACAAACUUGCUUCUUGAACCAAUAUCCAAAGGAACUUAUAUCAUCAGUUUCUUGGCACCAAUUAUUAAUAAACUUUUUAUAAAAAACAAAAAGAGUUGGCGUAUUAAAUAUGGUGAAACUUGUCUCAAGGCAAGUGCCAAAGAUUGCAAUUCUCAUAAAGAUGAUGACAAACGUCGAUCUGCUAGAACACAAUUAUUACAUUGA